GCUCGGCUUAUUAUGUUUUCGCCAUUGUAACGUCUGGUCUUGCAGUCGACUCAAAGAUGUUGAAAUUCAUAGUCUUAUGUUUCUGUUUGGCGACAUUGUUUUGCAGCGUUCUUUCUGCUGUUGUCAACGUUUCUCCAUGUGACGACUACGAGAAUCAAUGCAUCGACGAGGUGCGCAUAAAUCCUUGCAAGGAAGCAGCAAGAAACGCCCCAUGCAAGGCUAAGAAAGGUUCGAAAGUUGAAGUAGAGGUAGAUUUUACACCAGAUUUUGAUUCGAAUAGUUUAUUAUCCCAACCUUAUUGGGAUAAUGGAAUAAAAGAUAUACCGAUGUUGAGCAUGGAAACUGAUGGAUGUAAAUACACCACGUGCCCUCUGAAGCAAGGUACUAAACAAACGUACAAGUACGAGUUGAGCAUUUUGGACAGUUACCCACCAGCCACGUACAAUGUUAAGUGGAAGUUAAACGGUGAUAAUGAAAAAGGGUGUUGUUUCGGUCUGAAAAUAAGAAUCGUUAGAUGAAAA